AUGUCCACACAACAGUCUACUACAGCUGCCGCACGGUCCCUUUACCGCGCAAUCUACCGUCAACUCGAGCGCCAACAUGUCGCCUCCUCAAAGCUCCACCAAGCCCAGGAUCGCAAGAAACUCGAGGCUCUUCGCAAGUAUCAACAAAUGAAAGCUGCUGCUGCUGCUGCUUCCACUGCCACGAACCCUAAUUCUUCAUCCUCUUCAAGCACAUCUCUUCCUCUCAUAGAAGAUCCCAGAAUUAAACCGUACCCCUCGCAAACCCUUCGAUCCUUGUUUCUUUCCCAAACAUCUUCAACAGACAACACCCCAGAUGAAAAAUAUCUUGAAGCUAUUGCUCUUUUCCUCAAAUCACAGCACGAAUACAAUUACCUUCUGGAAUACUACAACGGUUCCACCAUUGACGAGACAAAGCGGAUAGAACUUUCAGCCAAGCGAGUAGGUUUGGCUCUUCCAGAAGAACCAAAAGAGUAA